GAUCUUAUGUAAGCAAUUGCUCCCAUCCUCCCCCUCCACUUGACUUUACCCCAGAGAGAGAGGAGAUAUGGGAAUUGGUGGAGAGCGCGUGAACGGGGGACCGGGGUGGCGGGUGCCGUCUCGGCCCUGCGACUCCUGCAAGGGGGCUGCGGCCGCCCUCUUCUGCCGGGCGGACUCGGCCUUCCUCUGCCUCGGCUGCGACGACGAGAUCCACGGCGCGAACAAGGUGGCCUCGAGGCACGAGCGCGUCUGGCUCUGCGAGGUCUGCGAGCAGGCCCCCGCUGCCGUCACUUGCCGGGCCGACGCCGCCGCCCUCUGCUCCUCCUGUGACGCCGACAUCCACUCCGCCAACCCCCUCGCCCGCCGCCACCACCGCCUCCCCGUCGAGCCCCUCCUAGACCCCUCCUCCGCCGCUGGCGGCCACCUCGUGAAGCCCUCCCACAUGCUCCAUGGUCUGCUCCUCCCCCAACUGCCCGAGGACGCUGACGUGCCCGCGGUCAUCGACCCCGAAGUCGGCGAGGUGGUGAAGCCCGUCGACCCGUUCUUCAACGACCCUUACUUUGACCUUGACUUCGGGAACUCCGACGGGCUCAACGCAUCGGGCGCGGACGGCCUGGUCCCGGUUCAGUCGAAACCCGGCCCUGAUCCGGUCGAGCUGUCACCAGAGAAAUGUCUCCACGUGGACUUCGGCCGGUCCGCCAAGCUCAACGGAUCGUUCAACUUACCGGCGCAGACCUUCACCCGAACUGCAUCGUCGUCUUCGCAAGAUUUUGGGGUAGUCCCUGACGGAUCCGAGAUGUCGUAUCCUUACAUCGGAAGCAUGAGCAGUAGCGGCCUUACUGAACCGAGCCACAACACGCAUCCGAUUAAUAUCCAGGCAACUCAGCUGAGCGGAGUAGACCGCGAGGCCAGGGUCUUGAGAUAUAAGGAGAAGAGGAAGAACCGGAAAUUCGAGAAAACCAUUCGAUACGCCUCGAGGAAAGCCUAUGCCGAGAGCAGGCCGAGGAUCAAAGGCCGGUUUGCUAAAAGAACCGAAGUCGAAGGGCAAUUAGUCGACAAUAUCUACGGGGCAUGUCCCUCGGUUUUCUUCACCGAUGCAGAAUUCGGCGUAGUUCCCACGUUCUGAUCAUGCAGUCGAGGUUUAUAUGCCAUGAAGGAUCUAAUAGAUCAAGUCGAUAUUAACUCGGUGGAUGUAGGCCUUGAAAAGGGAAGAUGUUGGACUGAAGCUGAUUUGUUAAUCUGGUAUUAAUUGGAUUAAUAUAUAAAUCCGGUUCGUUAAGUGUGUACUGUAAUAAGUAAUGGCAGAGGCCAUAUUUUAUAAAUGUCGUAGAUGAGAAUCGAGCGUUAGCAAGUCCAUCAAGCUCCAAAUGAGAUUCUCAUCAUAGUUUAUUAAACUGGCCGUGUGAUUUUCUCGUCU